AUGCUCCAGCGGCGGCUGCGGGCGGAAGGGCUGCGGGUGCAGCACCGGGCCGCGCUGCUGCGCCUGCGCGAGAGGGCCGCCGAGGAGCCGCGGGAAGCCCUGGGGCCACGGGAGCGGGGCCAGGUGAGGGCGCUGGAGAGGGAACCCCGCUUCCUGCGCGACGUCCCCGCGUUAGAGCCUCAGCAGAGGAAGCUGCCCCUGCAGCUCCGGAAGGACAGCGCCUGCGGGCGGGGGGCCUUGGCCAGCCGGGGGCCCCCGCCGCUCCUGGCCCCACCCCCUCCGCCUCAGAGCUCCAGCCCCCAAGUCAAGGCCGAUGAGGAGGCCAGCCAGCAGCGGGGGGGGCCCGUGUGCAGCCCCUCGAGCCCCCCGGCCAGGCAGCCCACCAGCGCGCCCCCCGCUGAGGCCCCCGAGCCCCGCGUGUCACAGGCCCAGCACUGUGUCCAUGCCUUUGCCCCGGGACUGCCCCCUGGGGGCUCCCUCCCCCCACCAUGGCCCCUAGACCACUGGCCACAGCCGCCCCUGGGGCCCCCCUCGGGCGGCGCUGCCCGCACGGCAGGGCCCGCGGUCACCAUUGCCCUCUGCACCUGUUCCCUUCUCAGCGAGCAGCGGGAGGGGACGCCCCCCGCGGCCACCCGGCCUGCAGAGGCUCAGCUGCGGCCUCCAAGAAGCGUGACCCGCGCCCGGCGAGCUCGUGCCCAUGACUUGGCUGGGCAGAGACGGCCUGGGCCUCGCCUGUGUGACCCGCCAGGUCACUCACCCGGCGCCGAGCCCUGGGGACGCCCCGAGGGGCUGCCGGGCGCGCCGUGGCGGGCGCUGCCACCCUGUGCCGUGGCGCAGGUGAUCCUGGACCUGCUUCCGUUCGAGAACAUCCUGGUGAGGCGAGCCCUGGACACAGACUCGGCCCUCCUGGGGCAGCUGGGCGUUUCUUCCGUCCCCGCCUGCUACCUGAUUCACCCGAACGGGUCUCGCGGCCUGGUUGACGUCGGGAAGCCGCUCCGGUCGUUUUAUUCCUCCUACUUGAAGUCGCUGCCGGAGGUGCGGAAGAAGCAGCUUCUGUCGCCUGAGAAGCCGAGCAAAGAGGCCGCCUCGGAAGGCGCCGUGUGGAGGGACUUUGACAGGUCCAAGCUGUACACGGCGGACCUCGAGUCGGGCCUGCACUACCUGCUGCGCGUGGAGCUGGCCACCCGCCGGGCCCUGGCCGGAGCCGAGCUGAAGGCGCUGAGGGACUUCGUGACGGUCCUGGCCAAGCUGCUGCCCAGCCGGCCGCCCGUCAGGAAGCUGCUGGAGAUGCUGCAGGAGUGGCUGACCAGCCUCCCCCUGGACAGGGUCCCCUACAGCGCCAUCCUCGACCUGGUCGACAACAAGAUGCGGGUGAGGGUGCUGCAGGUGUGGUUCCAGAACCGCCGCGCCAAGGAGAAGAGGCUGAAGAAGGACGCGGGCCGCCAGCGCUGGGGCCAGUACUUCCGCAGCAUGAAGCGCGCCCGCGGCGCCCCCAAGCCCGACAAGGACAGCGGCCAGGAGGAGGGGCAGGACAGCGACGCGGAGGUCGCCUUCCCGGAUGAGCCAGCCAUGGCAGAGAUGGGCCCCGCCGGCGUCCUCUACGGCAGCCUGGGGGAGCCCACCCCAGCCUUGGGCCGGCCCGCGGGGGCCCCCAGCAGCUUCCCCCUGGAGCACGGAGGCCUGGCUGGUCCCGAGCAGUACGCAGAGCUGCGCCCCAGCAGCCCCUACGGCGUCCCCCCCUCCCCCGCCGCCCUGCAGAGCCUCUCCGGCCCCCAGCCCCUCCUCUCCAGCCUGGUGUACCCCGAUGCUGGCCUGGGCCUGCUGCCCACGGGGACCCCGGGCGGGCCCCCGCCCAUGAGGGUGCCGACAGGAAACGGCCCCAGCUCGGACCUGUCCACGGGGAGCAGCGGGGGCUACCCCGACUUCCCGGCCAGCCCCGCCUCCUGGCUGGACGAAGUGGACCGCGCUCAGUUCUGA